UGGAGGCUGCGGGUUGCGCGAGCCGAGUGUGAGCGGAAAGGGGCUUGGCGCCUGCCCUGGGGCUGAAGAGCGGUGAGUAACCGUCACGCUCCGCGCCCUAGGAGGACGUCGGGCCCUGUCGGAGACUACGGCCACUCAGCAAAACGCGGCCUUUCCUGACGUAACUCUGAGUCACAGGAAUGUGAGGUGCAGGAAAACAGGAAGCCAGCCAACGAGUUCACCUCCCAUCAUCAGCACCUCUUAUGAUGCACAGUGUACAGCGGGCUCACAAACACUCGGGAGAGGAAGAGAGAAGAAACAUGUGUGCUUGCCAGAUAAACUGCAGGAUGGAGGGACUACUGCAUUACAUCAAUCCAGCACAUGCCAUCUCUCUACUCAGUGCCCUCAAUGAGGAGCGCCUCAAAGGACAGCUGUGUGACGUGCUCCUGAUUGUUGGAGACCAGAAGUUCCGAGCUCAUAAGAACGUCUUGGCUGCCAGCAGUGAGUACUUCCAGAGUUUAUUCACGAAUAAGGAGAACGAGGCACAGACUGUCUUUCAGCUGGACUUCUGUGAGCCUGAUGCUUUUGACAACGUUCUGAACUACAUUUACUCUUCUUCCCUUUUUGUGGAGAAGGGCAGCCUUGCUGCUGUGCAGGAGCUGGGGUAUAGCCUUGGUAUCUCCUUCCUGACCAACAUCGUUGCCAAAGCCCCUCAGGCUCCUUUUCCAGCCUGUCCCAACAGGAAAAGAGUGCCAGUGGAAGAUGAUGAAGCCAGCUCUCAAAAGCGAAGUGUCAUUGUGUGUCAGGGCAGAAGCGAAGUGCCAGGGAAAGCCAGUGGUCCAUCCAUGCAGGACCUCAGCCAUGGUGCCCGGGCCUCCCCCAGUGGUUCAGUCAAGACCAGCACAAGUAAGCCACAUGUGGCAAAGCCACCAGAGCAGCUUCAUAGUCUGUCCUUAACCGAAAAGAGCUGGACAAAGGAUAGCACUGCAGUAUAUGCAAAGUCUCUGGAACAGCCUGGGGCUUUGGAUGAUCCUAAUAGGGGCAGUUUGGUAAAGAGAAAUACAGUCCUGCCUCCAAAGCCUUCACAGGACAGAGAGGCCACAGAUGAUAAACCAGGGGUGAGCAGCCAGCUUCCCAAGGGGAAAGCUAUAGAGCUAGCUCUGAAGAGACCACGGCCCCCUGUUCUGUCUCUUCAUAGCUCAUCAGAGACUCCAUAUCUCUUAAAAGAAACUAGCAAAGGAGGCAGUCAGGGGGAGGAUAGGAACUUACUCUACUACUCUAAGCUAGGGCUGGUGGUCCCAUCUGGUGGACCUGCUUCUGCAAACCAGAGCAUUGACAGAAGUGGCCCACUAGUGAAAAGCCUCCUCAGGCGGUCACUAUCUAUGGACAGCCAGGUUCCUGUUUACUCCCCCUCCAUAGAUUUGAAGUCAUCCCAGGGAUCAUCCACAGCGGCAAAUGAGGCACCAGGCAGUGUGUUCUGUGCGAUGUCUCAAAAGUCAUCUUUAAAAGAUUGCAGUGAAAAAAAAGCCCUGGAUGACAGGCCUCAAGUGCUCCAGCCUCAUCGCCUCAGGUCCUUUAGUGCUUCUCAGUCGACAGACAGGGAGGAGGCCUCCCCUGUGACUGAGGUACGUAUUAAGACUGAGCCCAGCAGCCCACUGUCAGACCCCUCAGACAUCAUUCGGGUCACUGUGGGAGGAGAUGCAGCAGCAGUAGCAGCAGCAGUAGCAGCUACAAGAGAUCUGCCCCUCAAAACAGAGGAAGACCAGAGAGAUAUGAGCAGACUCCCAGCAAAGAGAAGGUUCCAGACGGACAGAAGGUCACCCUUGAAGAAGGCAAAGGCAAAUGAACACGGGCCUGCUGUCUCAGAAGAAAACUGUGAAGAGGGCAGGAGCCCUCCUUCCCUUGACAGCAACUUCCCAGAUUCUGACUUAAACAGAGAGGAGUUUGGUGAGUUGGAGGGGACGAGACCAAACAAAAAAUUUAAAUGCAAACAUUGCCUUAAGAUUUUUAGAUCAACCGCGGGUCUUCACCGCCAUGUUAACAUGUACCAUAACCCAGAGAAGCCUUAUGCUUGUGACAUCUGUCACAAGAGGUUUCAUACCAACUUCAAAGUGUGGACACACUGUCAGACCCAACACGGCGUAGUGAAGAACCCAUCGCCAGCCUCUAGUUCCCAUGCAGUUUUGGAUGAGAAAUUCCAAAGAAAGCUGAUUGACAUAGUGAGAGAGAGGGAGAUUAAGAAGGCCCUGAUCAUUAAGCUGAGGCGCAGCAAGCCUGGCUUCCAGGGACAGAGUAGCUCCCCAGCACAGCAAGUCAUCAAGAGGAACUUGCGCUCCCGAGCCAAAGGGGCCUACAUUUGUGCCUACUGUGGCAAAGCAUACCGCUUUCUCUCUCAGUUUAAGCAGCACAUAAAGAUGCACCCGGGAGAGAGGCCCCUCGGAGUAAGCAGAGCUGCUAAGCCAAAAGAGCGGGCUCUGGCACGCGCGGUAGAGAGCAAGGAGGUUUACCCGUGCCGCCUCUGUAAUGCUAAGCUCUCUUCUCUUCUAGAGCAAGGCAACCACGAGCGCUUGUGCCGGAACGCCACCGUUUGCCCUUACUGCAGCCUCAGGUUCUUCUCCCCCGCGCUGAAGCAGGAACAUGAGGACAGGUGUGAGUACAAAAAGCUGACUUGCCUGGAGUGCAUGCGCACCUUCAAGUCCUCCUUCAGCAUCUGGCGGCACCAGGUAGAAGUGCAUAACCAGAACAACAUGGCUUUAGCAGAAAACUUCGCCCUGGCCACCCUGGAUCACAAUGGUGAAGUGGCAGCUGCUUCCAGGCCUCAGACUGAGUCCAGCAAGGUAAACCAUGUGGCCACUCCAAAGGAGGAUACAGCAUUUAGCGACUCUUCAGAGCAAGUGAACUUCGAUUCUGAGGAUUCCUCCUGCCUCCCUGAAGACUUGAGUCUUUCAAAGCAACUGAAAGUCCAAGUCAAAGAGGAGCCUGUGGAGGAGGCUGAGGAGGAGGCUCCUGAGGCUAGUGCAGCUCCCAGGGAGGCUGGCCCCAGCAAGGAGGCCGGCUUAUGGCCCUGUGAGAAAUGCGGAAAGAUGUUCACGGCACACAAGCAGCUGGAGCGGCACCAGGAGCUGCUGUGUUCCGUGAAGCCCUUCAUCUGCCAUGUAUGCCACAAAGCCUUUCGUACCAACUUCCGGCUCUGGAGUCACUUCCAGUCCCACAUGUCUCAGGCUACAGAGGAGCCUGUGCAGAAAGAGUCAGAGGUGUGUCCUGUGCCCACAAACUCCCCCUCCCCACCACCUCUGCCACCUCCACCACCCUUGCCCAAGAUUCAGCCCCUGGAGCCCGACAGCCCCACAGGCCUGCCUGAAAACCCAACCCCAGCUACAGAGAAGCUGUUUGCACCCCAGGAGUCAGAUACCCUCUUCUACCAUGCCCCACCCCUUUCAGCAAUCACAUUUAAAAGACAGUUCAUGUGCAAGCUCUGCCAUAGGACAUUCAAGACUGCCUUCAGUCUUUGGAGUCAUGAGCAGACACACAAUUAAAGGACCUACCCCUUUCACCUGUCACAAAGCAGCAGGCCCUUGGCUUGUGAACUGUGUCCUAAGACAGAAUAUUUGAAAAAAUAAUAAUAAUAAAGGUUGGAAAUUGUUAUGUUUGAAUUUUAAGUUUGGGAUGAAUUACUAUUGGCUAGGAAUGACCUCACAGCUUUCUGGACCUCAGCAGCAGGGGUUUAACUCUAUUACUUACUGUUGAAGUUGGGGUAAUGUUGGUGGUUGAGGCUUUUGGUUUCUGGGUAGUGGGAUGCUCGGGAAGUGGUUUUGUUUGUUUGUUGAUUAUUGCAGACACCUAAGUUUGAGAUAACCCCAUAGCCAUGUUUCUAAGGCCAAAAACUUAGAAGGAAGAAGGGGAGUCAUUUGCAGUAUUGAGUCAGAUUUUAGAAUACUUUAGCAAUAAGAAAAGACAAGCCCCAAGUUUAGUAAAUUAUCCAGAUACUUGAUAAGAAAAAUAUUUGGUAUUUUGUGGUCCUAUGAAACUUUCCUUUUGUAUGAAAAUUGUGAGAAUUUAAAUCAGCAAUAGUCACUUAGAUUUUUUUAUAAAAGAACAAUCUGUCAAUCACUUCAUAUAAUCAGUGAUGGUCACAUGUUAAGGGAGGCAAAGUAAUAGAAGCAUGUUUGUGGGGUGCUCUACAGUCGGCUGCAACAGGUUAGUUGUGAAAGCUGCUGAACUCUGGUAUGUUUUCUGCAUCGUAGCAUGGCUUUCAACUGGCACUUCAGAACAAUGUUUGUUCUCUGUCAGCUUGAAACUCAGGUGUCAUUGAGAUAAGCAGUGCUAUCAUGAGAUUAGCAAAGCAUAGCCUUACCUCAUCCUAAACUACCAUUCUGUCUAGAGGCUUCAGAGAUUGGAGGAAAUGCCAUGUUGCAGCUUCCAUGUGCUUUCCAAGAACUGUACACACAACAUACACAUUUUCUGCCUGUCUUUUGUGAGGACUUCAAUGGGGGUAUUGGAGUGGAUAGCAGUGAAAAUGUCACUGCAUGAUAUGCAAAUGUGUAUUAAAGCACUACCAAGGGUCCAAAAUUAGUUUUUGCUACUUGAUUUGGUACUUAGGGUUUAGGCUUCUCUUUUGUUUUUUCUUGUUUUGUUGGUUUUGGUUUUGGUUUUUUUGUUGGUUUGUUUGUUUGUUUGUUUGUUCCAUGCAGGUUGUAAUUAAACCUCUCCAUAGGCAGAAUCCAAAGUUCAGUGAAAUAUUUCAAAAGACAAAGGGAAGAUCAUACCUGGAAAGGAAAUUAUGGGGACACAAACUCCUUAUUUACUUUUGCUGCAAGCUGUUUCUUCACAUUUUCAAGGUGUGGCCCAUCUAUUCACCAGCAUUCUACACCCAUUGUAGCAAAGGCAAUCUUUAUAUUGAAACAUUUUUUUAAUAAAAUACUAAUUGACUUUGUAUAUUAUAGAAGCUAUAUGUGGAAUUUUGCCUUUUAUCUUUUCACUUGAAAAAGCUAUCAGAAAUUCCUAAAUAUGUCUGCAUUUCCUAUUUUGUUUCUUAAAUUUAGCAAAGAAGGGAAAUAAAAUUAGGUUGCAGUUACUAAUUCUUGCCAUCUGCUUUCUUGAACUAUGCAUUUUAAAGAUAAACUAAGUGUCCACCAUUUAAUGAAUGAAGUUAGUGCCAGGCUAGGUAGCUGUCCACUGAAUUUAUUUCCUGUGGUGAAUGAAUGAAUGGUCUCUCCUUAGAGUAUUAUUCUUUUAAGACCAUCUCUCUGCAUAGUCAUCUCCUGUGUAGCUACAGAGUGAUAACCUCCAAACCUGGCGUUGCCAGCCCAGUGUCCCAAGACUUGAACCUAUGCUACAUUUUUGAAGAUUUAUAAAAUAACAUUGUUGCAAAAAAAAAAAAAAAGUAUGUUUGAUCUAAAUACAGGUUCUGCAUAUCUGUUAGGUUUUACAAAUUACCAAUGUUUGUCACCUUUAUUUGUCUAGGAAGAAAACAUAAGAUUUCAAAUAAAAUUUUGAACCAAAAA